UGUUCACUACUCUUUUGGAACUAGUGUGGAGGAAAGCUGUGGCUGUUGUCAGAGAUCGUAGCAGACACCUGUCAAAGAUGGGGAGGAAAGUUUACGUAGUAGGUGUUGGGAUGACAAAGUUUGAGAAACCUGGUCGCCGUGAUAAUUUUGAUUACCCCGAAAUGGCAAAGGAGGCUGGUACUAAAGCUUUGCAAGAUGCUGGGAUUGCCUAUGACAAGGUGGAACAAGCUUGUGUUGGCUUCUGUUAUGGAGACACGACGUCUGGACAGAGAGCUGUGUAUGAACUGGGACUAACAGGAAUACCAGUCUACAAUGUCAACAAUGCCUGUUCAACAGGAUCCACUGCUCUCUUCAUGGCAAAACAGUUAAUAGAAGGAGGUAUUGCAGACUGUGUAAUGGCUCUAGGUUUUGAGAAGAUGCAGAGAGGUGCACUUAAAAUGGGGUUUACAGACCGAGCAUCUCCAAUGGAGAAACACAUGCAGGUUGUCAUGAAUACAUUCGGUAUUGCUCAUACACCGUUUGCACCACAGAUGUUUGGUAAUGCUGGCAAGGAACACAUGCAGAAGUAUGGCACCAAAGUGGAACAUUUUGCAAAAAUUGCAUGGAAAAACCACAAACAUUCCGUAAAUAAUCCAUAUUCCCAGUUUCAAGACGAAUACACAUUAGAAGAAAUUUUAGCCUCUCCAAUGAUACAUGAGCCACUCACAAAAUUACAGUGCUGUCCAACAUCAGAUGGCUCAGGGGCUGCUAUCUUGGCUAGUGAGGAUUUUGUGAUUAAAAACAAUUUACAACACCAGGCUGUGGAAAUAGUUUCCAUGGCGAUGGCUACUGAUCUUCCAAGUUCUUUUGAAGAGAACUCUUGUAUUAAAAUGGUUGGCUUUGAUAUGACUAAAAAGGCAGCAGACAAAGUCUUUAAUCAAGCAGGUUUGACGCGUGAUGAUGUUGAUGUGGUUGAACUUCAUGACUGUUUCUCCUGCAAUGAGUUGUUGACAUAUGAGGCACUAGGGCUGUGUCCACCAGGUAAAGGUGGAGAUAUGGUAGAUCGAGGAGAUAACACAUACGGAGGGAAGUAUGUUAUCAAUCCCAGUGGUGGACUCAUUUCUAAAGGACACCCACUUGGUGCUACAGGUCUUGCCCAGUGUUCUGAAUUGUGUUGGCAGUUGAGAGGUUUAGCAGGAAAGCGUCAAGUGAAAAACGCCAAGCUGGCAUUGCAGCAUAACAUUGGCCUUGGUGGAGCAGCUGUUGUUACUAUUUAUAGAAUGGGGUUUCCCGAAUAUCAUAGAAGCAGUAUUACCACAGUUGGUGUGAGUGCAUCAGCAAAUGAAGCAGAUUUCAAGUCUGCGGCAAUGUUCCAAGAAAUCAAGAAAGCCCUUGACAGUGAUGGUGCCAACAUUGUGAAGAAGAUGAAGGGUAUAAUUUGUUUCAAGGUUAAAAGUGCUGAUGGAAAGGAAGGAAUUUGGUUUGUCGAUGCAAAGAAUGGCAAUGGCUCAGUUAGCUUUGGUGGAAAUUUAAAACCUGAUGUAACUAUCAGUAUGGCAGAUGAAGAUCUUGUCAAUCUUAUGAUGGGAAAACUCAAUCCACAAGAUGCAUUCUUCAAAGGAAAAUUGAAAAUGUCUGGCAAUAUGGGGCUUGCAAUGAAACUGAAAGAAAUCCAGCCAAAAAAGGCAAAAUUGUGAUCCAGAACUGUAUUUGAGAAAAGUGUACAUUUCUGUUGAGUUAUGAAAGUGUACAGUCAUCGGAACAAAGAUUGCUGUGACUCGUCAGGAUGAAAUUGAAAAACAACUAUGCACUGUUACAUUAUUUAGCAUUUUUAAAUCAUGUUAUUUUAAUAUUAUUUGGAGGAAAAAUAUAAAAAGGCACUAAAGGCCUUUGUUAAUUCUGCCUGUGUUAUAUUAAUACUAACUUAAAAAUGUAACAGUUAAAGGGCAUAGUAAAUAAUGCUAGGAUUGCAUUUGGACAUCAUAUUCAGAUGAAAAAUUCUUAUUUGAACUAGUUGCUUUUAGUGGAGUCGAAACAUUGAAAUUGCUUUUAAAGUUAGGGGAUCACAAAGACAGAUCUUUAGUUCAUACAUAUUAGUUUAUGUACGAUAAAUAAUAUUAACCUAUUCCUUCUUGUUGUUCAAAUCAAAAGGUGAUCUUGCUGAUUUGAUUUGAAAAUGUAUAUUUUAAAACAUGGGCAUCACUAUAAUUAUUAGAUACAGAAUGCACUGGUUCAUUAUGAAAACAAACUCCUUUGACAAAUUCAUGGCAACUCCCAUGAAAUUUGAAAAAUAAUUCGCAUAUUUUGCAUGAAAAGACACCAAGUCCUCCAAUGAAUUAUAAAUGUAUUGUGAGCAUAUUUAUAUAUAUUUUGUGAGUAUGAAUCGUUUAUGAGUAAUAUGUGUAAGUGAAGUCAUAAAAAAAGAAUAUAAAAUGUACGAAUAAAUGUGAUGACUUUA